UGCCGGCGCCGCUUUGGGGAAGCUUUUCGGAGCCUCCCUGUCUCCAUCCUCUCAUCCACCCCUCGCGAUCUUACUUUUGCUUUUACCCACGGGGGCUGCGAUUGGCCACCCCCUCCACCGGUGCAGUCAUCCUAGCGGUCUCCAGUUCUUUCUUAAAAGCCGGUCUUUCCCCACUUGUCUUUCUCUGGGGUGCCCGCGCGGGCCGGUGCAAGGCGCCCCCAUCCUUGGAAAUUGGCUAGACUGCUUGUACCGAGGCGUGGAAAGCCCCGAAGGCUUUAUUGUUAUUUUGAUUCUUUUCAUUUCUUCCCCUUCUGGGCAACGGAGCAAUGAAAUUUCCAAUCGAGACGCCAAGAAAACAGUGGCUGUGCCUGCAGCAGCGCCGCCUGUGUGCCAACCCAAGAGCGCCACUAACGGGCACCCUGCGGCUCCUCGCCUCUCCAUCUCCUCCCGAGCCACGGUGGUAGCCAGGAUGGAAGGCACCUCCCAGGGGGGCCUGCAGAGCGUCAUGAAGUGGAAGACAGUGGUCGCCAUCUUCGUGGUCGUGGUGGUCUAUCUCGUCACGGGUGGGCUUGUCUUCCGGGCGCUGGAGCAGCCCUUUGAGAGCAGCCAGAAGAACACCAUCGCCUUGGAGAAGGCAGAAUUCCUGCGGGAUCACAUCUGUGUGAGCCCCCAGGAGCUGGAGACCUUGAUCCAGCAUGCUCUUGAUGCUGACAAUGCAGGAGUCAGUCCAAUAGGAAAUUCUUCCAACAACAGCAGUCACUGGGACCUUGGAAGUGCCUUCUUCUUUGCUGGAACCGUGAUCACCACGAUAGGGUAUGGGAAUAUUGCUCCAAGCACUGAAGGAGGCAAAAUCUUUUGUAUUUUAUAUGCCAUCUUUGGGAUUCCACUCUUUGGUUUCCUAUUGGCUGGAAUUGGAGAUCAACUUGGAACCAUCUUUGGGAAAAGCAUUGCAAGAGUGGAGAAGGUCUUUCGAAAAAAGCAAGUAAGUCAGACCAAGAUCCGGGUCAUCUCAACCAUCCUGUUCAUCUUGGCCGGCUGCAUUGUGUUUGUGACGAUCCCCGCUGUCAUUUUUAAAUACAUCGAGGGAUGGACAGCCUUGGAGUCCAUUUACUUUGUAGUGGUCACUCUGACUACAGUGGGCUUUGGUGAUUUUGUGGCAGGGGGAAACGCUGGCAUCAAUUACCGGGAGUGGUAUAAGCCCCUAGUGUGGUUUUGGAUCCUUGUUGGCCUUGCCUACUUUGCAGCUGUCCUCAGUAUGAUCGGAGAUUGGCUACGGGUUCUAUCCAAAAAGACAAAAGAAGAGGUUGGGGAGAUCAAGGCCCAUGCAGCAGAGUGGAAGGCCAACGUGACGGCCGAGUUCCGGGAGACACGGCGCCGGCUCAGCGUCGAGAUCCAUGACAAGCUGCAGCGGGCAGCCACCAUCCGCAGCAUGGAGCGCAGGCGACUGGGCCUGGACCAGAGGGCCCACUCCCUGGACAUGCUGUCUCCAGAGAAGCGCUCUGUUUUCGCUGCCUUGGACACAGGCCGCUUCAAGGCCUCGUCCCAGGAGAGCAUCAACAACCGGCCCAACAACCUGCGCCUUAAGGGGUCGGAGCAGCUCAACAAGCAUGGCCAGGGCGCGUCUGAGGACAACAUCAUCAACAAGUUUGGCUCCACAUCCAGACUCACCAAGAGGAAAAACAAGGACCUCAAAAAGACCUUGCCCGAGGACGUCCAGAAAAUCUACAAGACCUUCCGCAAUUACUCCCUGGAUGAGGAGAAGAAAGAGGAGGAGUCGGAGAAGAUGUGCAACUCAGACAACUCCAGCACGGCCAUGCUGACGGACUGCGUGCAGCAGCACGACGAGAUGGAGAACGGCGUGGUACCCACGGACACCAAAGACAGGGAACUCGAGAAUAACUCGUUACUUGAAGACAGAAACUAAAUGUUAAGGACAGUGGACUUGAACUUAGCGUUAUUUGUUUUGUUUUGUUUUUGUUUGUUUUUAUAUUCACACUGAGACACGUGCCUUAAACAGACUUCUUGUUAGUCCAAAAUUACAUAGCAUUGGAGAAUAUAUUUCACUGUGCCAUAAAUGACUGAAAGCUUGCUCUGCCAAAAGGAAUCAAAGAACAAGAGCAUCACACUUCAGACAGCAGCUGCAAGAUAGAACAGGGAGUGUUAGCACCUGUGGCGGGUCAUAGCUGUCCACGUGAAGGGAGUUCUGGAGUGACGCUGGGUCCCUGUGCUGCACCACCCUGGUGUGGCAUGUAGAUAAGGGCAGCUAUUACUUAGACCAGACCUCCCUCCUGGAGACGACCAGGUGUGUCUUUCAAGUGGAGUCGUGUUUCCUGAACCUACUGUUAGUCAUCUGUGUGCACACAGAAAGGGGACCUGACUGGGGGUGAACUGGAGACUGUGACUGGGAUUAGACGUGACAUUUUGGCAUGUGCUCUGAGCUUGAAUUUUGAUACAGACCAUUCAGUGGGUUAUACCUAGUCUUUUAAAGCUCCACGUGAAUGUCCUCAGGACCCAGAAGCAUCUGGAAUUUGCUGGAAGCAGAUCAGAGCACACGUAUUUCAAGGUGCAAAUUGCUUUUCUCAUCACAAAAGAAAAAAUAUCACAAACACAUCACACUGUGGAUAUUACCUUGACCAAUGGCAGAAGCCUACUGAGUUUUGUCUUUCUCAUGGAGUUAGGUGGUACAGAUGAACGUACAAGCGCUGGAGAAAACUCAACCUCAACCGCUGCAUGGUUAAAGGCAAAUUAUGCAUUUUCCUCAGUGGGUGCAAUGGUGAAAAUAAACUGAUUUUGAAAUGUC